AUGACCAUCUCAGCAAUAACGAGCGCCAAUACGAUGGGCGACCAGAGGCAGAGCCAUAUCAAGACCCCUCUGCUGUACAGCGCACCGCUUUCGACCAUCUGCGGCCACAAUGUGUACCUCAAGAUGGAGCCCCUCCAGCCCAGCGGCAGCUUCAAGAUCCGCGGCGUGGGCCACUCGGUACAAGUCGCACGAGCACAGCGUGGUGACCAGCUCCACGUCAUCUCCUCUUCAGGGGGCAAUGCAGGUUUGGCUGCCUGCACCGCCGCACACAUUGCUGGAGUCAAGGCUACACUGUACUGCCCGAGCUCGACGGAGGAUCACGUCGUUAAGCUAUGCGAGGCUGAGGGCGCUACCGUAGUCCGUGGCGGAGCGAGCUUCGAUGAAGCCAAUGCGGCGGCGCUCGCUGCUGUCCGUGCUGACCCCAAUGCCGUGCUCAUACAUCCCUUUGAGGGCCAGAAUGUUGUUGCGGGCAACUCGACGAUCGUAGACGAAACUUACGACCAGAUGCGCGAAGAGCACGACCUCCCUGCUGGACCCGACCUCAUCUCGACGGCAGUUGGCGGUGGUGGUCUGCUCAACGGUAUCCUCAUGGGUCUGCAGAGACAGAUCGAGCGCGGCGCGUCGCCACCUACCAUUUGCUCAGUGCAGUGCUUCGGUGCCGACUCCUUUUCGCGCUCCAUGGCUGAGAACAAGACGGUGACUCUCGAUGCUAUCACGUCGAAGUGCACAUCGCUCGGCGCGCGCACCUGCUCCCAAUCCACGCUUGACCGUGCUCGCGCCUACCCUGGCGAGAAGCACUUCGUGGUAGCUGAGGACGCAGUGGCAGCCUCUGCAUCCUGGCAGUUUGCGCGAGACCACCGUGUUCUCGCUGAGAUCUCGUGCGGGGCUGCGCUGCUCCCCAUUUACUUUGCGUCCAGGGUCCUCAAGCAGGGCGGUGUAGCAUCUCCAUCGGAGGGGAAGAAGAACAUCGUCGUCGUCGUAUGCGGCGGAUCUAAGAACACGCUCGAGGCUGUGUACAACUUCCAGAAGGCGGAGGAGGCGAGGGGUGGGACGAGCAUGUGCAGGCUGAUCGUGGAUGGGCAAGAGGUUGGAGGAAGUGCUCGAGGAGGCGACCGAGGCGGCAUCGUCGUGAGCGUCGGGCUCGGCGGCCGUGGUAGGAAGCUGAGGCGCAGAUGCUUGCUCGGCGGUGGGCUCGUGCUCGAGGGUCGCUUUGAAAGCCUGGAAAAGGGGCGAGAGGAAGUUUUUAAACAUGCGCUCGACUUGCUCUUGCUGGUGCUGGUGCUGGCGCUGGCGGUGCUCCUGCUCAGCGGCGCGUCGGGCUUGAAGGCGCUUCUGAGCUUCGAUUUGGGCAGUGCGCUGUGCCUCCGCUCGAGCACGAGCGGCUGCCACUUGACGUUGAUGAAGAGCGGCUGCCUCUUUGCGGCGCUGAAGCUCUUGCUGUUGUUGCUGCUGGUGGCGAUGAUAGGCAGCCUCGGCAGCCUCAACCAUGUGCUGUUGUAUGGCCUGGAAGAAGGCAGCAGCCUCCUGCUCCUCCUGCUGGUGGCGCUGCUGCUGACGCUCGAGCUGGAGACGUCGCUGCUGUUCAGCAUGUCGACGACGUCUUCGCAUCUCUUCCUGAGCCCGAGCUUCCUCCCAUUCUUGCUGUGCGAUGGCGCGAGCUCGGGCAACGGCUACGGCGCGGCGUCGUCGAGCUUCAGCCUCUUCGCGGGCGUGGGAGUGGGCGGCCGCGAGUCGUAUUGCAUCCAAGUAGAGUAUGGCUCCGACUCGAAGGAGCGCGGCUGGCGGUGCCCGAAGGACGUCGAGGGGGUCGAGAAGUAG